UGUCGAAGAAUCCCUAGAGCCACCGCCCAACGCCUCCGCUUUAACUCCCACAUCUACGUUGUCUCUCUGAGAAAUCAUGACACUCGACGUAUCGGCGCCGAGGAUGCGAUGGGGAGAGUUGGAAGAGGACGACGGAGAAGAUCUCGAUUUCCUGUUGCCUCCUAAGCAGGUAAUCGGCCCCGAUGAGAAUGGCAUCAAGAGGGUCAUUGAAUACAAGUUUGACGACGCUGGGAACAAGAUUAAGAUAACCACCACCUCGCGCGUCCGCAAGCUCGCCAAGGCUCAUCUGAGCAAGCGGGCGAUAGAGCGCCGCAACUGGCCCAAGUUUGGUGAUGCCGUCCAUGAGGAUGUUGGUAGCAGGCUUACCAUGGUCUCCACUGAGGAGAUCCUUAUCGAAAGGCCUAGAGCCCCUGGUAGCAAUCAAGAAGAAACCAAGGUAGCUGGUGACAACUUGGCUCAACUUGGUAAGGGAGGGGCAGUUCUCAUGGUAUGUAGGACUUGUGGUAAGAAAGGUGAUCACUGGACAUCUCGCUGCCCAUACAAGGAUCUUGCUCAACCGACGGAGACUUUUGUUGAAAAACCAGCUGCAUCGGAGACUGCUCUUGCCGCUUCUGCUGGCGCCAAGGGAGCAUCAACAUAUGUUCCUCCAAGCAUGAGAGCUGGUGCUGAGAGAACUGUAGGAUCAGAUAUGAGGCGAAGAAAUGAAGAAAACUCUGUGAGGGUCACCAAUUUAUCAGAAGACACCCGCGAGGCUGAUUUGCAUGAACUAUUCCGCACAUUUGGCUCAGUCAGUCGUGUAUAUGUAGCUAUUGAUCAGAAAACUGGUAUGAGCAGGGGUUUCGGUUUUGUCAACUUCGUAAACAAGGAAGACGCUGAGAGGGCAAUCAAUAAGCUUAAUGGAUAUGGUUACGACAAUCUCAUCCUCCGUGUCGAGUGGGCCACCCCCAGAGCAAGUUAGGAUUCCCCUUCUAGUUUACUAGAGUUGGAAGUUAGUAUAUGCUGGUUAUUAUUAUGUAAGUUCCAUGUGUUCCAGUUUCAUUGGCUUUGAACGAACUAUAUGGAUUUGCUGGUUUAAUUUUACAGAGCUGUUUCGUACAAUAUGCUGUGUAAUUAUAGCGCAUUAAAAUGCAGAUUGUAUCAUUUUAGAUUUUGUCAUCUAUGAUUCUAAGGAGUUGAUCUGUUUCAUGAU